ACACAGACAUUUUGUAAAGUGGAAACGGUAGGGGCAAGAUCUGCCACGACUCCAUUUUAACUGGUCGCCGCAGCCUCCGCACGGCGCUGCCGCUUCUUCCCUGCGAUCUCUCUCCCGCUCUCUUCUCCCCACCACUGACCACCAAUUCGUCUCCGUCGCCGGCCGCCAUGGCUCCGGGCCUCUACACCGACAUCGGGAAGAAGACCAGAGAUCUGCUCUACAGGGACUACUGCACGCACCAGAAGUUCACCCUCACCACAUGCACCCCCGAGGGCGUCGCAAUCACAGCUGCAGGGACUAGGAAAAACGAGUCAAUCUUUGGCGAGCUUCAGACCCAGCUUAAGAACAAGAACUUGACAGUUGAUAUCAAAGCAAACUCAGAGUCAGAUCUUCUGACAACAUUCACAGUUGAUGAGUUUGCAACUCCAGGGCUCAAAUCAAUUCUCAGCUUGGUUGUUCCAGACCAGAGGUCAGGGAAGCUUGAACUCCAGUAUCUCCAUGAAUUCGCCAGUGUGAAUGCAAGUGUUGGGCUGAACCCCAGCCCUAUGGUUAACCUUUCUGGUGUAUUCGGAAGCAAAGAACUAUCAGUUGGUGUUGACGUUUCAUUUGACACGGCAACUAGCAAUUUCACUAAGUACAAUGCUGCUUUAAGCCUCGCAUAUCCGGAUCUUAUUGCUUCACUCCACCUGAACAAUCAUGGUGACACCUUGACUGCGUCUUACUACCACUUAGUAAAGUCACAUUCAAGCACUGCUGUUGGAGCAGAGCUGUCCCACAACUUCCCAAGGAACGAGAGCACAUUGAUAUUUGGAUCGCAGCACUCAUUGGACCCGCACACCAGUGUGAAGGCACGCUUCAACAAUUAUGGCAUGGCCAGUGCCCUUGUCCAGCAUGAAUGGCGACCAAAGUCACUCGUCACCAUCUCCGGCGAGGUUGACACCAAGGCAAUUGAGAAGAGCACAAAAGUUGGUUUGUCAUUGGUGCUAAAGCCUUGAGAUGCAUGGCUGGGACCAAUGUUUUGGAAAGAAAAACAGUUCUGCUGGAUUGGAAUAACAUGGCCCCAGGCCAUCUCUUGGUGCAUUCAUUUUGAUCUUGAAUUCCUCCUUUGUCCACAUAAUCUGUUUCCUAGGCAAAUGUUAGCCUUGACGAGCUCAUUGUUUUGAUUUGAUGAGCAGCGCCUGUCAAUAAUUUCUGGUGAUUAAGAUCUAUUGUGAAUCUUGUAAAAUGUGACUGAUUGACGGUUACGGACAAGUGUGUUCAUUCA